CUUUUCUGACCCAACCCAUUUGUUCUUCCUCUUUUUCUUUAUCUGGGUCUCAUUGUUUCAUCCCGCUGAAGAUAAUGAUGGCUAUCGACCAGCACAUGCUCUGGGGGGGCUUCUUUGCCUCCCUGUUCGGUUUCGUUCUUCUCUACUCUCUCCGUCGUAGGAAUUGUAGCAGUGCCAACAAGAAACAGCUCAAGAGGAAGAGUUUUCCAGAAGUAUGCGCGAAACAGAGCUUUAGCGAUGGAGAAUCUCGCCCAUUGGAGGGCUCCGGCACUGACGUUAUCAUCGUCGGCGCCGGUGUAGCGGGUGCCGCCCUCGCUUACACCCUCGGCAAGGACGGAAGACGGGUUCAUGUGAUUGAAAGAGACUUGACAGAGCCAGAUCGAAUUGUCGGUGAACUUCUGCUGCCUGGGGGAUACCUAAAACUAGUCGAAUUGGGCCUUGAAGGUAUGCUUGGAAGUUCACAUCGUUAUGAUUGCGUUGAGGAAAUUGAUGCUCAGUGGUUGGUUGGAUACAUUUUCUUCAAGGAUGGGGAACAUGUUAGACUGCCUUAUCCUUUGGAAAAGUUUCAUUCAAAUGUGGCUGGAAGGAGCUUCCACAACGGGCGCUUUAUACAAAGAAUGAGAGAAAAAGCUGCCACUCUUCCCAAUGUGCAAUUGCAGCAAGGUACAGUUACAUCCCUGCUUGAAGGAAAUGGGACCAUUAAGGGCGUUCAGUACAAAACAAAGGAUGGCCAAGAACAUAAAGCUUAUGCUCCUCUUACAAUUGUGUGUGAUGGUUGCUUCUCAAAUCUGCGCCGCUCUCUUUGUAACCCUACGGUGAAGUUACCAUCUUGGAACUAUCUAAUAGUUUCAGUUUGCCUGGUGCAGUUAGAGGUAGACGUGCCAUCUUGUUUUGUGGGUUUAAUCAUGCAGAACUCUGAACUUUCAUUUGCAAAUCAUGCAAAUGUCAUUGUCGCCGAUCCUUCACUCAUCUUGUUUUAUCCAAUCAGUAGUACUGAGGUUCGCUGUUUGGUUGAUGUACCUGGUCAGAAAUUACCUUCUGUUGAUAAUGGCGAAAUGGCCAACUAUUUGAAAACGGUGGUGGGUCCACAGAUUCCAGCUGAGUUUAAGGAGGCCUUCAUAUCUGCAGUUGAUAAAGGAAAUAUUAGAACCAUGCCAAAUAGGAGCAUGCCAGCAGAUCCACUUCGUACUCCCGGAGCCCUUCUAAUGGGUGAUGCUUUGAACAUGCGGCAUCCUCUAACUGGUGGUGGGAUGACUGUGGCACUUUCUGAUAUUGUCAUACUCCGAGAUCUUCUUAAGCCACUGCAUGACCUGAAUGAUGCAUCUUCAUUGUCCAAGUAUCUCGAAUCCUUUUACACCUUGCGAAAGCCAGUGGCAUCUACAAUAAAUACUCUGGCUGAUGUCUUCUACAAGGUGUUUUCUUCUUCUCCUGAUCAAGCAAGGAAGGAGAUGCGCCAAGCAUGUUUUGACUAUUUAAGCCUUGGAGGCAUAUUUUCAAAAGGACUGUUAGCUUUACUCUCUGGUCUAAACGCACGUCCAUUGAAUUUAGUUCUCCAUUUCUUUGCGGUUGCUAUAUAUGGUGCUGGUCGUCUGCUACUACCGUUUCCUUCACCCAAAGGCUUGUGGAUUGGAGCUAGGUUGAUUUCGAGUGCAUCCAGUAUAAUAUUUCCCAUUAUCAAGGCAGAAGGAGUGAGACAGAUGUUCUUCCCUGCCACCGUUUCAGCAUACUAUAGAGCUCCUCCUGUCAUGCAAGACAUCCAAAAGGAUGUGGCAGAGAUCAAGUAGCUGAUGCUUUGUUGCAGUCCAGUAAAACCAGAGUCAUCAAAAGCAAGCAAAUAUAUGUAUACAAACAAAAGGUGGGUGGGUAGGGGGAAUUGAUGGAAUUUAAUGUAUCUUGUUACUUCCACUAGAGAGCAUGUGGCAUAAUACUUAUACAUUGAGACCGCUAUAAACUGCAGUAACUAUAUAAACAAUCAUUCUGUUAUGCAUUUUCUCUUUAACUUGUAGAAAA